UUUCCAGCUGAAUUUCCUGCGAUGUAUUAGGCGCCUGUGCCUGGGGUUUAGGCGCUUGACUGCGAUGAUGAUCUUGUUGAGACUUGCUCCACUUGUGCCCGCACCACUUGGUCGCCACUCCGCACCGUCACUGACAGACUUCAAGCCGGUAAAUGCGUCAUGCAAUCCACGUUAGGAGAUUAUAAGAAGUCGCUCUCUGGCUCUCCCGCCCCUCACUACUUAGUUUCUUUUUGCCUCGACUUUACGACUCACACGACCAGUUCUUCGACGCUUUCAACGUUUACAACUACCAUCUAAUCAUCAUGGAAAAGGCAUCCUCUAUUAUCGCCGCCCUCGACGCUGGGAAGCUCCCGUCUCAGCAGCAAAUCGACCAGUUUAUCGACUGGCUUUUGCAGAGUGGUCUCACUCAGGUUGAGCCUUCACCGGACUACGGGGAGCUCAGCCAGCAAGGAAGCGUGCUCGUACAGGAUUUGCGCGACGUCCUCAACGCAUACAAGCAACUAGGAGACAGCAAAAAUGGCGACGACCUCAUUCAGCAGUCGCUCUGGCACUUGCACGAAGCUGAUGUCUCGAACACCUCAACGAACAUUACCGGUUCAGCACCAGACCAAGCUUCGAAGGACGCCUCCGCUUUGGCGCGCGCGCUCCGCACUAUUUUCUCCAUUCUGCUCUCCACCGUGACCCAAGAGUCCCAGAGCGUCUUGCACGACUUCGCCUCCUUCAUGCGCCUCGCGAUCGCAGACGCUGCCGACUAUGUUAGCCAGAGUGCGGGCUCUGCUGCCCAAACGCUUCGACAGGUCGACGAAGAGAUCGAGAAGGGCGACCGUAACGAGGCUGGUUUGAAGAACAAGCCCGAGGAGGAGAAGUUUAAGAACAAGGAUACGAGGGAGCAGUUCGAGGUUACGAUGGACACCAUCAAAGAGGCAGGUUCAGAGACGAUCGGCGCUGCCCAGGUCGCCGCUGCCACCGGCAAGGAUCUCGCGAACCGCACCAACGACCGUCUGCAGGAUGCGUUCAACCAGAUCUGCGACCGUGCACAAGAAAAUCAGGAGUACCAUGACUCCAUCAACACCAUCUUCGACAUACUCAGCAAGUGGCUGCACAAGUCGCUGGACACCGCCGGCGAUGUCAACACCGACACUUCCCUCGAGUCUUUCGUUGACGAUCCAACGCCUGAGAAGCACCUGAUCAAAGCUAUCCGCGGUGUCCGCGAGUUCUUCGAGCGGAAUGCCAAUGGGAAGUCGCUCGACGAUUUCUUUGGUGCUCUUCGCGUGUGCGGUGUCGACAUCCAGCAGGACCAGCAGCUCCGUCAGGCUAUGGACGAUACCCUUGGUUUCAUGCGCCGCUGCGUCGACGAGCGCGGUUUCGUCCGUUCUGGCGAGGCACAGGAGGCGCGCGGGCAACUCAAGACUCGAUGGAGGGAUAUCACGUCUGCCGACACCCCUGAGGGCCAGAAGUGGCGCGAAGACUUCAAGCAUCUCAAGAACGAGGGCAAGGAGUUCAGCGUUGCCCUCGAGGGUGGUGAGGACCUUACUCGCCUGAGGAAGGCGCAGGCCAAACUCGCGUCCGACCUUGAGGACGCAUUCGCUACUGCAGCGUCCAAGGCUGCUGACAAGGCUGCAGAGAAUGCUGGUACCCUCAACCAGCCCAUUUGGAUGUGGCAGGAUAUCUUCAACGCCUACCUUCCGAGGUUGCUCAGUGUUAUCAAGGAUAUACCUAUCCCGAGAACCGAGUACAUGGAUAGCGACGUGGAGUUCAUCCUCGAGGACCUUGAUAUCUCGCGAUUCGCCCUACUUCCGGGACAUGCGUACAUUCGCAAUAUCACCGAUAUCGACAUCAAGGCCCCAUCUGCCGGCGAGGCCCAGACUGCCGUCGGCUCUCUCACUCGCAUCUACGCGCAGGGUAUCCAGCUUGCUCUCCGCGAAGUAUCAUUCUAUUUCAGGCAAAAGACAUCGUCACUCGGACCAUCGGAGUUCUCCGGUAUCCUCGAGCUUACGCUCCCGCCACAGGGUGUCGACGUGGACGUUGUCGUUCGCAUGAUCCCCAAUUCGCCCGAAGGCCUCAAGGAGCGCGAGCUCAAGAAGAGUUUCUGGGACGUCCAGCGCGUCGAGGUCAAGGUCAGCGACGAGCUCGAUCUGACGAUCAAGCAGAGCAACCAUCAAGUGCUCGCUUCGGUCCUCAAGCCCGUCAUCACCUCCCGCUUCCGCGACACGCUCCAGACCGUACUCGCCGAGAAUUUCCGUGGUGCGCUCGAGUGGGUCAACAACGUUGCCUGGGACGUCGGCAACCGCGCAGAGGUCUUCCAAGACGCGGGCCUCCCGCGCGGCGCGAGCCUCGUCGCGGGCUUCUGGAGCGAGCUCGGUAAGCUUAGUCGUGGCGAGGGCGGGUUGCUCAAGGGCUGGAAGGCGACCGGCACAGGCCUCAUCAAGGACGAGGGCAACGCGCGCGGCGACGCCGUGUUCGCCAUGGGAGCCGAGCCGCAGGUGCUCAGCGGUGAGAAGCGUGGCCCGAAGGGCAACUUCUCCGAGAGCGUGAAGGAGCGCGUAGCGGCGGAGAUGGACCGCGCGAAGGAACUUGCGGGCGAGGCGAAGGAGCAGAUCAAGGAGGGUUACCAGCAGGUGAAAUCGUUCACGCAGACGGUCAAGAACAAGGCCGAGGAGGAAAAGAGAAAGCCUGGUUGGGAGAGCAGUGCAUUUGACGUCUCGGCGUGAGUUUCAUAUAGUGUCUCCGACUAGUUGGAUCUCGUGGGUCAUUUACGAUACCUCACUGUACCACAAAGAAGUAUGCUAGUAAUCGCUCUGUCUUGUAUUUUUACUGUGAAACCAAUGAAUAGCAAUGUAGCAUACACAUCUCUUCUCGGCAAUGCCUCAUGGUGGGGUUUGUUGUGGAUUUGCGAAGCUUGCGCACCGGCUCAUGGCGUGUCGCAGUCUCUUGGUGAAGAAUCUUUCGGUACUGAAAGGUUCUUCAU